AUGAAGCGCACGCUCGAGGGGACGGUGAAGACGUCGGCGCGCGCGUCGCGCGCGCGGGCGGCGCGUGCGAGCGGGCGGGCGGUGGGACGGACGGACGCGGUGCUGGCGCGCGCGCGCGGCGCGACGCUCGGAGACGUGCGACGCGAGCAGAUCGACGCGGCGCUGCGGUUACUGAUCGACGAGCAGUGCACGCUGCCGUUCGUGGCGAGGUAUCGCAAGGAGAGGACGGAUGGGCUGGACGAGGGACAGUUGCGCGCGGUGGCGGCGGCGCACGCGGAGUGGACGCGAUUGGAAUCGAAGCGCGAGAGCGCGUUCGAGGCGUUGACGCGGUUGGAGAUCGUGGACGAAAGGUUGUUCGCGAGAUUGCGCGAAGCGAGCGCGGUGGAGACGAUCGAAGACUUGAUGAGCAAGUAUAAGACGAAGACGAGCAGUCGCGCGGACAGGGCGCGAGAGCUCGGCUGCGAACCGCUCGCGGAGAAGAUUUUGAGCGACGGCGCGGGGGGGGUCGAGGCGUUAGCGCGCGCGUACGUGAAUGGGAAUGAUGUUCCAGACGUGUGCGAGGCGUUGAGGCUGGCGAAAGAUGUGCUCGCGGAGAGGGCGGCGAACGAGACGAGCGCUCGGGAGGCGGCGAGACGAUCGACGUGGCAAAACGGAAGGCUUCAGUGCGCGUUGACGACGAAUGGGAAGGCGGCGGUGGAGGGAAAGAUUGACGAUAAAAAGAUGAAGAAGAUAGCCGACGCGUUGAGGGACUACUACGAGUUCAACGCGCCAUUGCGAAGGGUGAAGCCGCAUCAGACCUUGGCGAUUUUACGCGGCGAAGCCGCGAAGGUGUUGCGAGUGAAGAUUGAUUUCGACGUCGCGUGGGCAACGUCGGCGGCGAUGAAAGCCAUGGUAGGCUCGAGACGCUUAGGUGGGGGUUGUUAUAACGUCGUUAGCGAGGCGGUGGAAGAUGGUGUGAAACGGUUGCUCGCACCCUCCAUCGAACGCGAGGCGAAGAGUCGACUCAAGACGGAGGCGAUGGAGCGCGCCAUCGCAGAUUUCGGCGCUAAUCUUCGCUCACUGCUUCUUCAACCGCCGCUGACACCCGCAGCUGUCGUGCUCGGCGUUGAUCCAGCGUAUCGCACCGGCUGCAAACUCGCCGUGGUUGACCCUACGGGAGCUCUGCUCGAUACCGGCGUCGUACACUUGCCGCAAUUCGAGUCGAAGGUGAAACGAGAAGGCGGCGGUCAAUCCGCAGCCGCGAGCAAGCUGCAAGCGUUGGUGAAGCAAUGGAACGUCAAGGCGAUCGCGAUCGGCGACGGCGUAGCGAGUCGCGAAACCGAAUCGCUCGUCGCCACCGCGCUCGCUGGUUUUGAAGGCGUCGGUUGGCGCGUCGUCUCGGAAGCCGGCGCCUCGGUGUACAGCGCCUCCGAAAUCGCGGCGAAAGAGUUGCCGGACAUAGACGUGUCAUUGCGCGGAGCGGUAUCUAUCGCGCGAAGACUGCAAGAUCCGAUGGCCGAGCUCGUUAAGAUCGAGCCCCAGUCCAUCGGUAUAGGACUGUAUCAGCAUGACGUCAAGGAGAAGGAGCUCGCUGACGCGUUGACGGCGACGGUGGAGAGCGCGGUGGCAAACGUCGGUGCGAAUCUAAACACAUCCUCACAGUCGCUCUUGUCGCGUAUUCCAGGCCUCGGCCCGUCGCUCGCGGCGAAGAUCGUGCGACAUCGCUCUGAGCGUGGAAGGUUCCGCGAACGCGCCGCGCUGAAAACCAUCGCGGGCGUGGGCGCAAAGACGUAUGAGCAAAUAAUUGGGUUCUUGCGCGUCCCGGACGCGAAAGACGCGCUGGAGCGCACUUCGGUGCACCCCGAGAGCUACCACAUCGCCAAAAAGCUGUUGAAGAUGCUCGAAAGAGACGUGGCUGAGGUGAUUGAUCUCACGGCGAGCGACGCCGGCGACACGUCGAUGGACGCGCUGAAACGCCUCAAGCCCAAACUCAAGGCACUUCGCGACGACGUAAAAGACCUCGAGGCGCGCGCUGCGCGCCUCAAGUGCCACCCCUUAACGCUCAAAGACAUCGCGAACGAACUCAGCGCCCCGGGUGAUGACGCCCGAGGCCAAGCCGCCGAGCAAAACGUGCUCCGAACGCAAGCGCUCACGCUCGAGGACUUGCAAACGGGCGCCGAAAUCAAAAACGCCGUCGUCCGCAACGUCGUCCCUUUCGGCUGUUUCCUCGAUCUCGGCGUCGGCCGCGACGCCCUCCUACACGUCACCGCGAUGCGCAAACGCACCGACGCCAACCCCAACGCCCAAAUCGAUCCCCACGCGCUCUAUCGCGUCGGCCAAACGUGCGCCGUUCGCGUCAAAUCCGUCGACAUCGCUCGCCAGCGCAUCGCCGUCGAGCUCCCUUAA